CCGCUUCAUGCAUCAAGAAUGAAAAAGUCGCACAAAAGUCUCCAAGCGAUUCAUAUUCCCUCCAAGUCAUAUCAAUACCACUCACGACUAUUGUCAACCGAUUAGCCAUUAAAACCGAAUAUCUACCAAUCACUUACCACCCCAUCCACCACAAACACUACGGCAAUGUCCUCCCCAACCCCUGUCAAAUACGUCUAUAUCCCCAACCUAGUCGGCCGCCAAAUGCUCCGCAUCCCGGUCCUUCUCUGCGAAGACACGUUCGAGACUGCAGACGCCCCGACAAUCGCUCCAACACUUAAUCUCGACAUUCCCGCAGCAUCAGUAGCAACAACUUCAUCUUCACGAGCAACAUCUCCCGCACCGAGCGUUGAGAGUGUAGAGGAAGAGGAGUGAGUGAAAAUGCUUGGCUGCACUUGACUUGGGUCCUGGAUUUUAUGAAAGAUUCUCGUGUUCGAUAUGGUAUCGUGUCGAACAAGGGCUUCAGUAAAAGGGACGAAUAGCGAGCGAGCAGAGUACUAAGGAACUGGCAAGCCGCAGCACGCUACGCCCGACAACCUCAAUCAAUUGGAGGAAAAGCACUAGGGCGGAUUUUUGAAUUGAAUUGGGAGGUCGACUGAUCUUUGAGGAUAACUGCAGAGGGAAUAGAUGAAGGCCGAAGGAGGAGACCAGACAAAAUGGACAAUCGAGGGUAGAAUACCCUAUUCACGAGAUUAUGGAAGGAAUGGACACAAUGCACGACGUAUAUGAUAUAGCUACUCUAUGAUGGAAUGCGACUUUAAUAACA